AUGAGAAUCCACCCUUUCUUCACAGUCGCAGCUUUGCCGUCAGCUGCUGCAUUUGUGGCACGGAAUAAGAAAGCUUCACCAAGAUCAUCAACACUGCAUGCAACUACCAUCCCUUUCGAAGAAACUCGUGCUAGUGACACCAUCGUUCAUCGUGAGGGAUACGACGCCAUGGCGUGGGAAAAGGGAUUUCAAAACGUCGAAAGCGAAGCUUGCUACGAACUAGAUGGAGAAUUUCCAGCUGAUCUAGUUGGGACCUUCUUUCAAAAUGGACAUGCCAAGUUCUACAUUUCCGAUGACGAAUUUCAUGUUCAUCCAUUUGAUGCUGAUGGUAUGAUUCAAGCGGUCACAUUUGGUAAUAAGAAUAACAGCAAGGCUUGGUUCCGAAAUCGUUACAUUCAGACACCGGGGUAUCUGCAAGAACUGAAAGAAAACAAAGUAUGCAAACGUGGUGUCUUCGGAACAGCACGGAAUAAGGGAAAGUGGUGGUCAAACAUCUUUGAUGUUGAUUUCAAGAAUGUCGCCAACACACACGUUCUGUUCAUGGGUGAUGAUGAAUUGUAUGCCCUUUGGGAAGCUGGGGCUCCUUUUCAGAUUGAUCCAACCACAUUGGAAACCGUAGAAGAGAGUACUCUGUAUGGUGCAAUCAAUGAUGGUGAGAUUGCUAACAACCGCUAUGCUGCCCAUUACAAAAUUGAUCCCAUUCGUCAACAAGUCUGUGGGUUUUCCAUCUUGCCAGGUGAUAAGGAUCCAGCCAACACUCACAAGAUUUGUGUGAUGGAACAUGACCGAAAGGACAAGCGACUUUUGUAUCAAAAAGCGUAUCCCUUUGACGGUUUGGGCGUGGCCCAUGACUGCGCUGUCACAGAGAACUAUUUCAUUUUCUUGCAGGCACCAUUCGAGUUCAAACCAAUCCCGCUCAUCUUGGGUCUGAAGGGAGCUGCUGAAAGCAUCGUUUUCGACGAAGAGGCAGAGUUCGGCAAGUUGAUCCUUAUCCCCCGUGGAGAUAACCACAAGGAACCCAUUGUCAUUGACGUGCCAACCUACUUUUCCUUUCACACAUCGAAUUCGUUUGAGGACGAAGAUGGGAAUGUCAUUCUGGACAUGGUCGUUGCCAAAUCGGACUACUCGAUGUUGGCAAUGGCUGGUGAGGAGACAGGAUACCGGAAGCGUCCAGUUUGGGAGGGCAUGAACUGGGCCAAGGAUGUACCAGCCAACGAACUUUUGCGUGUCACUUUGGACCCGAAGACUUCGAAACUUGUCUCCGAAGUUAGCCUCUCUCCAGACUGUGCAACGAUUGAAUUUCCUGUCAUCAAUCCAUCAAAGAUGUCUCAACCGUACAAGUAUGCCUACUGUGCCACUGCCGCCAGUGCGACGGAGAUGAGUCCUCUGCAAGGAAUCGCCAAGAUUGACGUUGAGACUGGAACGCUCUUGGAGAAGUGGCUGCCUGAGCCAGAUCAGUAUAUCACAGAAGUUGCAUUUUGUCCCAAGGCAGGACAAGCUACUGACAAGGAAGACGAUGGUUACCUAGUAACCUACUUGCUUGAUUCAAAUAAGAAGUCCAAUGAGCUUAUCGUCUUUGAUGCAGCUAGCCCUGGCAAGGGGCCUAUUGGCAGAGCUUCGUUGCAAGGUUGGUGCGUCAACCACUCAUUACAUGGAACGUUCGUCCCUGGAUUUACGCCGGAACUGACGAACGAAGUGAAGGCUAGUUUUGAUUCAUAA